AUGGCAGAUUCGGACGCCAGCGCUGAGAAGGAAGUGCGUAUCUUCGAGAUCAACACAUAUAAAAAUCGAUGCCGUUGGGAGGUGGAGGAUGUGCAGAUGGCGUACUGCUUCUUCAGCGGCUUGCUGGCCGGUGAGCGCCCUAGCCAAUGCACCGGGCUUCUGUCGGAGGUAAAGAAGGCCUUGUUGAGCUCUUCCAAAUUCAAGCGAGGCGCCAAUCAGGAAGAGCUCAGCCCUGCGAAUGAUUACCUCUUUGGGGUGCUGAAGAGCCUUGCAAGGCGUACGUAUCUGAGGCAAUUCGUGAUCGAUGACAUCGAUUCUCUAAUCUCAACGGCUUUUGGUGCCGAUUUCGUCAAGGACACCGCCAUAUUCAAUCUAGUACGCAAUCGUACCCAAAACGGUAUCCACCAGAUUAAGCAUCAGACGAUUGAACGUUUUUUUGAGCACGUGCAGCAGACUCUUACCCAGGAGGGUGUAUUAUUCCGAUCUGCACGUAAUCUCGACGCAAUCAGAGACUACUACGCCAAAGCCUACAAUAUCGAGAAUCUGAUGUCGAUAUUCUACUGGGUGGAGCCCCUUGUCGAUAUCGCAAAGUCAUCCAAAAGAGUGCAAUUCAUGAUGAAGGUAAUCUACGUCAACAUGUGCACGUUUACCAAGAUGCAUAUCCACAAACCCUAUUCUGCAGAUUACAAUAGGACGGCGUUGAAUCGAUUCUGGGACCGAUUGGGUGCAUCGGCGGCGUGGGAGGGCAUUGAUUUGUCGCAUUAUCACGUCAAACCACCCAAAACCAAGCGCAAAAAGGUCAGGCACGGCAGGGACGAGGACUUUGACGAUAUUGAUGACGACACGCGCUUCUUUAUGCUUCCCGAUGACGAUUCCGGAGGUGCACCUCAACCCGAGGAUACAGGCCAAGUUUUGGUAGAUUUGGCGGGCAACGACGACGAUUGGGGAGAGGAGGUGCGGUCAGAAGUGGCGCACGAAGAAACCCCUGCACGUGCGCAGGCUCCCCGUACUUCUAAUAUUGCGCCAACUCCCGGUAUUGCGCAGACUCCUCGUGCGCCUACCCCUGCACAAGAUGUGCCUGCUGCACCAGCUACGCCUGCUGCACCAAUUCCGCCUGCUGUACCAAUUACACCUCCUAGGGCGGUUGCGCCUAGUAUUGCGCCUACCACGCCUACCACCACCACCACCACCACCACCACCACCACGACGAUUUCGCCUGGUGUUGCUCAAGCCGCAACCCUUGCACCUGCCCCUGCGCCUGGAAGGAAUACUAGAGCUCGAGGCAAAAAAGCCCCACGUGGUGCUGAUUCUCCUGUCCGUAACAGCACCAAACGACAACCAAACCUACGACAACCAGCGUCCGCGUCCGGCCAAAAUAUUCACCAUGGUACUUCCCCUCGUGCUCCCCCUUCCUUCUUCUUGAACGGCUGCAAUAAACGCCUCGGCUACGACAUCGCCAUUUGGAACUUUUCCAUCUCCGCCGUCAUCGAGCCAGCAAAAUCAAAGAAGACCGCCGCUGCCCCGUUCCCUCAGCAGAGGGCAGGUGCCAGCAAGAAGGCCAAGAACCCUCUCAUUGAGAAGCGUUCUCGCAACUUCGGUAUUGGCCAGGAUAUCCAGCCCCGUAGGAACCUUUCGCGUAUGGUGAAAUGGCCGGAGUAUGUUCUUCUCCAGCGCCGCAAGAAGGUCUUGAACCUCCGUCUCAAGGUCCCACCUGCCAUCGCCCAGUUCCAGAAUGUUCUCGACAAGAACCUUGCUACUCAGACCCUAAGUCUUCUCAACAAGUACCGCCCUGAGACCAAGGCCGAAAAGAAGGAGCGUUUGGUCCAGGAAGCCGCGGCUAUCAAGGACAGCAAGGACAAAGCUUCUUUCGUCGGUAAGAAGCCUUAUGUCGUGAAGUACGGCCUUAACCACGUUGUUGGUUUGAUCGAAAACAAGAAGGCCUCUUUGGUUCUUAUCCCCAACGACGUUGACCCCAUUGAAUUGGUCAUCUUCCUUCCCGCUCUGUGCAGGAAGAUGGGUGUUCCUUACGCCAUCAUCAAGGGCAAGGCCCGUCUUGGAACCGUUGUUCACAAGAAGACCGCCGCCGUUCUUGCGAUCACCGAAGUCCGUGCUGAGGACAAGGCCGAGCUUUCCAAGCUCAUCUCCGCCGUGAAGGAGGGCUACCUCGAGAAGUACGAGGAGCAGAAGAGGCACUGGGGAGGUGGUAUCAUGGGUGCUAAGGCCAACGCCAAAAUUGCCAAGAAGCAAAAGGCGUUGGACGCGGCCAUCAAGAUCUAA